AUUCCAAAAUUUCUUUGACCACAUUCUCAACUCCUCUGGUGCGUUGGGUAUCCAUAUAAGAACUGGACUGUCGCUGACCUGUAUUGCAACAUAUCCUUCUGACAACCUCGUCUAUCAGCUUCACCUUGCAACGAUCCACUGUCGUACAUAUUCAUGCCUCUCGAUACCUUAAACGUGGAUCCAGAGGUCUUCUUUCGAGUGGAAAGAAGCGGUCAACCACUCGUCGUAUACGAGUGUAAAUUAGAGGGAGUCCCCUGUGGGAUGUUCAUGGAGGGGACAACUGGCGCUGUGUCCGCCCACCUACGAGGACAUGGCAUCACCGGUCCGGGCAGCAUCAGCACAAAUUGUCCGUGGGUUGGUUGCUCCAAGACACUCAAGAGGGGAGGAAUGACAAGACACAUCCUUACUCACCUCGGUGUCAAGUUGCGCUGCUCCAUGUGCGGAGUAGUUAAAUGCCGCCUUGACCUCCUGCGUGCGCAUAUCAGAUCGUCAGACUCGUGCCGUUUGGCAUGUGUUGAUACUGUCCAUGGACCCGAGGGUCGUUUUCUUGUCCCUACAGGUUGGACCGCUGCCCAUCAGGUCUAAUGAUUUAUGUUAAAGUUUUCUGACGGACACUGUCUUGUACUAGUAAGCACUUGGUUGUACAAUUAUAGCGAGAUGUAUGAUGGUGUAUUAUACGUACGAAUAGAUAUCCAUCACAGUUGAAAAAUAGCUUUCGCAGCCGUGACGGUGAAAUGUGUACGAUUGUACUUUACGUUGAUGCUAUUUCUAUUCUUGACCCCCAGUAAGAACUGGUUAUGACGGGAGAGGACCGUAAGUGUCGGGAGGUGUUGA